UGAAAGAGAGAGAGCACACCGUAGAAAAAAAGAAAAAAAAGGUACUGAAAUCAAAACGAAAUACAGCACUUUAGAGUACAAUUGUAUUUCUCUUUUAGUAAACUUUGGAAAUAGUUACCAUCUGCUCCAUCUGCUCCACGUCUCUUUAAAUGCGAACAAAGUAAGACAAAAUUGUAGAACACACGAGAAGUAGAGCAGAUAAACACUGCAUCUGCUCUAGAACACUUCAACUGGGAGAGAAAAACCUUGCCUUUUCACAAAUGCUGCUUAGAGAAACCUUUCGCAAGACCAAGGUUAUACUUCACAAGACCCUCCGUAGUUUAAAGUCUGUCAUCUUUGGAGGGUACCAAAAACUCCCCAGAUCUCUCUCCUUCAAUCCAUUCCUUGGUCGCAGCAAUGCCACAACUUACACAAGUGAUCAAUUCUACAAUGAGUUUUAUGACAUGCUGCAGUCUGAUCUGAACAGAAUAAAGAGGGGUGCCGACAACAACAGCAUGAGCAGGUCGAGGGAGGAAACGGAAGAUGCUGCAAACGCUGAAACCUUGACGAAAGAAAGUUCAGAAAAAAGCGUUGGGGAAGUUGGAGAUGUGGAAGAGAAGAAAAGCAAAGGGAGCUGUGAACUGGGAAAGAAAGAGGGUGUUUAUGACUUGGCGCAAAAGAUGAAGGAAUUGGAGAUGAUGAAUACGGGUGAUGUUGAGCACGUGCUAGACAUAGAAGAGGCACUUCACUACUACUCACGCCUCAAAAGUCCUGUUUAUUUAGAUAUUGUGGACAAGUUCUUCAAUGACAUGCACACUGAAUUCUCAGUUCAAGAGUCCUCUAUCAGCGUCAAACGCUCCAAGUCAAAGGGAAGACUUGGCUCAAUCAGGUUGUAGAUAAGUUAAUCUUUACGCAGAAAAUGUUGCAGCGUAUAUGAAAUUGAAUACUCUUUUCAUUUACCAUUUUGUUUCUCCCAGUGUGCUUAGAGCUAUUUGAAUUUGCUUGGAGUGAAUUCCUGCUAUUUAUACUUCACUUUUUCUUUUUUACAUUCUGGUCGUUUCAAUGUUCAAUUGAAUCUAUUUUGUACACAAUAAAAAAGAAUUAUUUGGUGAGAAUUUCUA